AAUUCCGUUUGACGUCGUUUGUUUUGCUCGACUUGCUCAUUAACAUUCAGUUCCUCGUUCCCCCGAAAAUAACAACUUCUACGCACUUUGUCUGGUGCAAUAUUUUGGCAACAGCCGGUCAUACAAACGCGUCGUGUCCAGAAUGUCCCGGUUUUAGGCGGCGCAAGCUGCUCGCGUGUUCUCCGCCGGGAUGGCCCUCAACACAUCUGGCAGCAAGAAGGAAACCUUUCGCGAACGCCAGGAAACCGAACUUGAAGUGCUGCUGUCGAUCUACGAGAGCCAGGUCGAGGAUUUGCGACCACCGGGUGGUAAAUGGACCGAGGUCCGGUUGAAGUUGACGCCCCAGAAGGGUUCGGCGAAGGAGGUUUACGCGCGGUGUGAUUUGAAAGUUACUUGCAAUAAAAACUAUCCGAAAUAUCCACCGAAGAUUGAGUUGGAGAACACGAAGGGACUGUCGGACCAGCUGGUUAAGGAAUUGCUUGGGGAGCUGCAGAAGCAAGCGGAUGAGCGGAAGGGUGAGGUGAUGAUCUACGAGCUGGCCGGGACGGUCGAAGCGUUUCUGCACCAGCACAAUGUUCCACCGAAGGGUAGCUUCUACGAUGAGAUGUUGGCCACCAAGCAGCAAAAGGAGUUGCAUUUGCAGAACACCAAGAAGGCGGAGGAAGAUCAGCGCCGGCAGGUCGUCCAGGACGAGCUGCAGAAGCGCAAGAAGGAGCUGGAACGCGUCCGGCGUGAGUCCAAGCAAAGUAUUAGCGAGGCCAGUCCCAUGCAUCGGAACACCAGUUCGUCGGAGAACAGCGCCGGGGAUGGGUUUUACAACUUUUGCACCGAACAUCGGCGCAGUGAGACGCUGUUUUUGCGAGGAGGUCGAAGGGUUUUGAAGGGCGCCUGUUUGGGUCAUUCCCAGCGAGGUUGUAUUGCGUAUGCUGGGAUCGACGACCAAACCGGGCAGCUGUUGUACGUAACGGAGUGGAACGUUGAUUUGAACGACGGGAAGACUCCUUGUGGAAGGUUGGUGGACGAGGUUGUCGCGGACAUCGAGAAACAGGUGGCUUGUUUGUCCACCCUAAAACAUAAAAACCUUAUCCCUUACGAAGGAGUCCUCUGCAACGUUGGCAAGAGUAGGCUGGAUAUCUACCUGGUACAGGAUUUUAUCCUUGGAACCAGUCUAUUCACAAUCUCCGGAACGCUCGGGUGGUCCGCCGAAGGUGCCAGCAAGGUCGCCAAAGGAGUCCUCGAAGCAUUGAUCUACCUUCACAACAACGGAGUGUCCCACGAUAAUCUGUCCGACUCCACCGUGUUCAUGGACAACUCCGGUUGCAUCCGCGUCGCCGACUUUAAACUCAUCCCUUACAUCCAAGAAAUCAGCAGCGGUCAACAAGGCGUCCGUGGCGAUCUCCCCGCCCUGGGAACCCUCGUCGAGUCCCUCUUCAACGCCCACUCCGAAAUGAAGGACUUUAUCGAUCGCUGCAAGUCCGAGCGAACAAUCUCGGCCUCAGACCUGCUAGAACACCCCUUUCUCCGGCCAAUCCUCUUCCAAGUCAUCCCACAAAAGCUCAACAAACCAACCCGCGAUCACAAACCAACCGAUCAACCCCCAACCGACCGCUCCCACCAAUCCCUCAUCCCCGCCUUCAUGAACACCUCCCUCUCAACGGAGAAAUCCCGCCUGCAAACCGAAUUCGAAGUCAUGUCCUUCAUCGGCAAGGGCGCGUACGGCGACGUCCUUAAAGUGCGCAACAUCCUGGACAACCGCCAAUACGCGAUCAAACGAAUCCUCCUCCCAGCCCGCAGCAAACAGUUCUACAAAAAGAUGACCCGCGAGGUAGAGCUCCUCUCCCGACUGAACCACGAAAACGUCGUCCGCUACUACAACAGCUGGGUCGAGGCCGUCAGUCCGGGCGAUGAAAAGUACCAGGGCGGCGAGUCCAGCUGCGAUUGGUCGCUGAGCGCGGGAAGUGUCGCUGGCCGGCGGAAGGUCCCGACCGCUGCCAAGGUGGCGAAAAAAACUAGCGAAAAGAACUCCGACUGGGUGCUGGACUGCAUGGGGAUUGAUACGAGCAGCGAUGAGGACGACGACGACGACGAUGAGGAUGAUGACGAGGACGAUAGCUGCUCGGACGGGAUUGAAUUUGUCAACUCGGAUGGGGAGGUCGCGACGUACGCGAGCUUCAGCGAGGGCGUGGAGAAUGAAAAGGGGAAGAAUGGAGGGGUGGCGUUGGCGAACGUCAAUCCGGAGAUGUUGUACAUGUACAUUCAGAUGGAGUUUUGUGAGAAGAGUACGUUGAGAACCGCCAUCGAUUCCAACCUGCACCAGGACGUGGACCGCGUUUGGCGUCUGUUCCGGGAGAUUGCCGAGGGCCUCAGCCACAUCCACCAGCAGGGCAUGAUCCACAGGGAUCUGAAGCCGGUCAACAUUUUCCUCGACUCGCGCGAUCAAGUCAAGAUCGGCGACUUUGGGCUUGCCACGACCAGUAUUUUGGCGCUGCAGAAUCAGCAGCAAGAACACGUUGCGCAGCAGCCGAAAUCACUGGAUAUGGGCAACUCGCUGACCGGGAAGGUUGGGACGGCUUUAUACGUUGCGCCGGAAUUGACCGGGAAUGCCUCCAAGUCAACUUACAACCAAAAGGUUGACCUUUACUCGCUAGGAAUUAUACUGUUUGAGAUGAGUUCAACGCCGCUGGCGACCGGCAUGGAGCGGGUCAAAACGCUGAUGGAUCUAAGGUCUUCUUCUAUUCAAUUUCCCGACCACAUGAUGACCGAGAACAAAUAUUCGCAGCAGCUGCAGGUCAUCCGUUGGCUGCUCAACCACGACCCCAGCAAACGACCAUCCGCGGAGGAGCUUCUCUCGUCGGAACUUGUUCCCCCAACGCGUCUCGAAGCCGGCGAGAUCCAGGACAUUGUACGGCACGUCAUGUCCAACCCCCAAUCCAGGCACUACAAACACCUGAUCGCGCGCUGCUUCGCCCAGGAAAGCGACACGAUCUGCGAGCUGAGCUACCAUCUGGACAUGGUGCCGAUCAUUCCGCGCUUCGACUUUAUCAAGGCGAAGAUCAUCGACCUGUUCCGGAAGCAUGGGGCGAUCGAGGUCGUAACGCCACUGCUGACGCCUUGCACGCGCACGUCAACGCGCGAAAACUCGGUCAAACUCAUGACCCACUCGGGCAGUAUUGUUUCGCUUCCGGAGGAUCUCCGGUUACCGUUUCUGCGUCACGUGGCGUUGAAUGGGGUGCGGUUUAUACGGCGGUACUCGAUUGGUCGGGUCUAUCGCGAGAAGAAGGUCUUCAACUUCCACCCCAAACAGGUGUACGAAUGUGCGUUUGAUAUUGUGACACCUUGCCGGGGCAACAUGGUCGUGGACGCCGAGCUGAUCGCCAUUGCGAACGAUAUCCUACGCGAACUGAACCUGCUCGAUCAGAAACGUAACGUAUACUUCCGGUUGAACCACACCAGCUUGCUAAAGUCCAUCCUGCUCUACUGCAACGUCCCGCUCGAAAAAUACAAGGAACUCUUCGAGAUCGUGCUGGAAUAUCUGGAGAACAAAAUCUCCAAGUUCCAGCUCGUCGGAUCGGUAAACAGCCAAAUCUCCCAACCCGGCGUCAAGAUCAACACCGGCUACCUCUGCGACAUCCUCCAGAUCCCGGAGAUUUCCCUAGAACAACUCAAAGGUACACUGAAAGAACUCUUCAAAGGUCGCGGCGAGGCGGCCAUGCUCGCCAAAAUGGCCCAACGCGACCUGGAAUCGGUGGUAUCGCUGGCCCAGGGCAUGGGCGUUCAGUGCCCGAUGAUGGUCUGCCCGGGGCUGCCGAUCAACUACGAACGGGCCAAGGGCGGUGGACUGGUUUGGCAACUGCUCGGCGAGCUCAAACCCAAGAAACGCAACCCGAUCACGACGAUCGCCGUGGGUGGACGGUACGACGCGAAGCUGGUUGAUUUUCAGAAAUCCGGUAUCGAAAACGGCCUUCAAGUGCCCAAAGUCGAGCUCAGCGGAGCCGGAUUCAGCUUUCACCUGGACAAACUCGUGCACGCCAUUGGUUCCAUCCGCGGCUGCGACCCAAUCGAGGUCAUGAUCUACAUUAUCGGCUCACGACCCCCAACCAAGGAGGUCGUCUCCAUCCUCCGUCCCCUCUGGUCGCACGGCAUCAAAACCGGCAUCCUUGAAGGCGUGAUUUCGGUAGAAGAUUCCGCCAAGGAGGUCGGCGCCAAUCUGGUGGUCAUGCUCGGCGAAGGUGGUGAACUCCGCGUCCGCACCUGGGACCACGAUCGCUUCCAGGAACGCCACGUAACCCGUCCCGAGCUCAUCAGCUACAUCCUGAAAACCCUCCGACCGGAAUGCUCACCAACAGAUUGUAGCUCCACGUCCCAGCCCAACACCUCGCUCACGACGGUUUCUUCGGUGAAGAACAUUCCGUCGCUGGCCAGCCAGUCCCAGAGCAACGGAACCGCCUCGCUGGACAUCAUCUUCCUCACCUCGGAAAAGCCAAACAUGAGCAAAAAGCGACGCUACGAGAACCAGGUCGAGCACAAGAUCUCCCCCAUUUUGUCAAAGUUCCAGCGCAAGGAGAAAAUCUCGCUGAUCAUCGUAGACCUGCCGAGUGGGCCGCUGCGUGGCCUCGUUGGGCUGAUUGAUCCGGCCGAGUGUGGCAGCGAGCAGGGCUCGUCGUCGCCGAACUCGGUUGAGCUGCAAGCGUUGAUCGAUCGGUACCCGAAGUACAAACACAACAUCAUGCAAAUCUACGACGAGAUUGUGGACAUUUUCGGGGAGAGUCGAACACUUCCGGUGGUGGGGGUGUACAGCGUGCUGGAUUCGUUCUGCAGGUUGAUACUUUAACGCGGCUUUGAAGGGAAGGCAGCGGCUACGUACACUAGAUUUAUAGGAAAGAAACGCGCUUAUUGUAAAAGUUUAAAAAAAAUAUUUUAUAUGUGUA